UUUUCCUCGCUUCCCUUUCCUUUACUUAUGAUUGGGUGGACCCCUAAAGAUGUUUGUCAAUUUUUCAUAUUGUAGAUGGUAUGGUGUGAGUAGUUGUGCAUUAGAAGCCCUUAUGGAAUACGAUUCAAGGCAACCCAAGGAUUAUAAUACGAUAUAUGCAGUUUUGGGCGCCUUUGCCAGGAAAUUCUAUAAUAUAUAAAAACAUUUAACCAUAUUAUGUUUAGUUUUAAGAUUAUUUUGUUUUGCAGGUUGUCAUAUGAGUUCAGUAAGCACUAGAAGUAAAAACAAAAACCUAAAGAUCGUGAAAUCAUCCAGAAGGAGGAGCAUCGAGUUCACCCAUCUUGAGAACUAUGGAAAGAGCAUCUAGCUCAGGAGAAGAGGAUCCUUUAAGCCACACCAAUCUCGAGCCAAGCUUGGGGAGGAGGAGAACAAUGAUAAAGUUCACAAUUUUGAUUCGGAAGAAGAAAAAGCCUCUUUAACAUCUUCAACACCAUCAAUGGCUAGAAAAAUAAGACAAAUGCCAUCCCACAUACUCUUUAUGAGAAUUCAAGCCCAAAUGCAUCAAAAAUCACCUCAAGCAUUACUGCACCACCAACCAACAUCGAGAUCUGCACUCAACUAAUCCAAAUGGCGCAAUAAGCUGUAGAAUUUGCAGGGUUGAGUGACGAUAAUCUUGUGCAACACUUGAAGAUAUUCUUGGAGAUCGUUGAUUGUAUACCGAGAGAUGAAGCUAUGAAAGAUGAGAUUCGACUAUGACUCUUCCCAUUCUCUCUUGGAGGAAGGGCAAAGUAGUAGCUCGAUUAUCAUCCACCAAGCACCUUCACUACAUCGGAGAACCUUGCUCAAGCAUUCAUCGAGGAGUACUUUCUACCAUGGAAGAUGGAGGAGCUUAAAGAUGAGAUUACUCAAUUUCAACAGAAGGAAGGAGAGUCACUCUAUGAUGCUUGGAGGAUAUUCCAGGAGUACAUCAAGGCAUGCCCCCAUCAUGUAUUCACAUCGGAGCAGAUUGCAAAGUACUUUGGCAAAGACUUAGAUCAAGAUACCAUGAUGAUGGUGAACUAGUUGGCCAACGAUGAUUUCACAACAAUUAUGGGAUACAAUGCUAAUAACAUUUUGACACACUAGCAAGGAAGUCAAAGAACUGAUCCUAGCAUCCAUCAACGAGCAAACCAUUGAAAGCUGCCCAAGGAAAGGAGGAUGAAGUCACCACCCUUUGUACACAUGUGAAGGAGCUGAACCAAUAAUUAAAGAAAGCCCGAAUAGAGUCAAGGCAUGGACCAACGGUAUCCCUAUUCGUUUGAGAAUCAUGUGGAGAAGAAAGCCAUGAAGGUUUUGAGUGAUAUAGCCAUGAAGGGCAAUGACAUGCUUAUGUCAAUUAUAUUAACUAAUAUUAUCAAGCAAGAUCUCAACAAGGAAGUCAUCCUUCAUACCAAAGUUUCACUCAACCUCGCAUAUCAUGGUCGAUAGCCUGCCUCUAGGAGGAACGAUGCUCGAGGCAUCCCCCAACAUCACGUGUACCAAUGCACCUUAUAAAGCAAAAUUGCAUAAGAAACCAAGUUCACCAAGAUUUAGCAAUCAAACUCAAUACAAAGUGCAAGGAAAGGUAUCUCAAAUCAGCAACCAAUCAGAUUUGAGAAGGCGGAGGCAAAAGUGAUAGAAUUGCUAACAAGCUACAAAAACAUCGAAAGAGAACUUGCACUCUUCAUUGAUGCUCAACCUUUGAAGCCUCAAGGAAAUCUACGAAGAAACACAGAGAAAAAUCAAAAGAAGGAGGAGGUCAAAGUCAUCUCAACAAGGAUGGGAACAACCAAAAGUUUCCCGAGCAUGAAAAAUGAAGAAGGGAAGAAAGCAGCCGAGUAUCCAUCCCUCUUUAGAAAUAUGAUAGAAGCUUUUGGAGGAGAAAAAGUGGCAGUGACAAUAUUGGAGAAAAUGGUUUUCAUAGAAAAUCUAAAACGGAAGCUCGAGAUUUUUACAGAAGAAGAUGACCGAUUUGAAGAAAAGGAGACAAAGAUCAAGAAAACUCCUUGGGGUUACAACGAAUUCAUCCUAGUCAAUGACAUAAGGAGGAUCCAGGGCAAUGAAUCUAUAUGAAGAGAUGGGACCAGCUGACAUAGAAUACAUCAAAGUCGAGAUCGCGCUAGCCAACAACACCCAUUGUUGAGCUCUUGGAAUUGUUCGAUGCCUAAGCACCCAAGUUGGCGCAUUCAUAUUCUUCCCCGAAUACCUCAUAUUAGACAUGAAGACAAGCAAAGAGUAUGCAAUCCUAUUUGGAAGACCAUUUCUUGCCACUGCUAGAGAUAGAGUUGAUGUUGUCAUCGGAGAAAUCACUUUAUAUGUAGGAAAGCUCAUGUGCAUAGUGGAGAAUCCAAUCAAAAAAAGCCAAUCACUUUAUAUGUAGGAAAGCUUAAUGACGUUAAACAAUAGUGCUAUAGAGGAGACAACCUGGAUUUCUCGUUUCGUAGUUAAAUUUUUAUAGUUUUUUUUAGCUUGGAAUUUUGAGUUACUCAACGGAGGUAAUCAUGGUAUCCCUUGGAUAGGGGUUGAAUUUGUAGCAAAAUUUGAAAUUAUGACUCCAAAACCCUCACCGGAGUACACGCGGCGGCUCGAUCCACCGCACCUCUACCCCCCUUUCUCUCUCUUCGUUCUUCAAUUCUCCUUCCAUUUUGUGCACUUUUCAUCAAUCUAAGUAAGUAUCCAUGUUAUUUAGAUGAAUUUAGCAUAUUGUUCAUGAAUUUAGGACUUUGAUUGAAGAUUUAACGUUUAAAAUUGCUUGAGUUAUGUAGGGAUUUCUGUUGCUAAUUUUUUAUCCCUAUUAGGCGCAAUUAAUGUUUGUGAAUAAUUAAUGAAAGCUAGUAUGCUUAGAAAUGAGAUUGCAUAGUUUUUAUGGUGAUCUUAAUUGAAUGUGUGCUUGGAUAGAUUGAUAAGUUUUAGCAAAGGUCAUAUGCCAAAAUUUUCAAAAUUUUAGCAUAACAUCUUUCGAUUUGAGUUGUAAACGUCAACGCUGGGAUCCCUUAGAGUAGGCGAUACAAAUGGAGCUUAAGGAAACUCGAGCCUGGAACCAGAGACAGGAGGCGGAGAAGCAGUGAAGUUAUUAUGGAUGGAGGACUUUGGGAGGUCAUUCAGGACCCUCUUCCAGGUAGUGGGACAUCACUAGGAGGACCCAAUAGUUAGGAGAUCAGGAAUUUGAGGGAGCUAUCUUUUCUUUUUCUUUUGUUUGAUAUUUCGAGUCUUUUCAAACAAUCAUGGAGAAUUAGUUAUUAGGAACUAUGAAUUCGGAUUUUGAAUGACAAUCAAGGUAACUCGUUCCAACCUUACCACAUCACACUAAUUUUCUAGUCCAUUGAGGACAAUGUCCAUUUUAAAGUGUGGGGUGGGAAUGGUUUAUAUCAUUUGUCUUGAUGUUCUUACUACUUGCUACAUGAUUAGUCGUUCAAAUUUUGAAAAAAUUUCAAUGCUAAAAUGAUUAUAACAUGUGCUUAAAUGAUUUUUGAAAGUAUUAAAGUUUUUUUUUCCAUCUAAUGACUUUAGUCAUCCCCUACAAGGAUGAUCACUUCUCAUCUUACUUGGAAUCGAUGAGUCUAGUAAUCAUCACUUGAUCUCGGAAAGAUAGUGUAGUGGCUAUAAAGGAUGUGAUACUGUAGUGGCUAUGAAUGGAAUAUAAUGACCAUUUGAUG